AUGGCUGACACCUCCAAGUUGCAUCCUGCGACUACAGUCACCAAUAUCAAAUCAUGCAUUCCUAUUGUUCUUGACUAUGAAGGCAGCCAAUACAACAACUGGGCUACCCUCUUCAAGCUCCAUUGCCGAGCAAACUUGGUGAUCGACCAUAUACUACCUCCUGCCUCCCCCACCGUGCCACCACUGGCAACGACAGCCGAGAAUCUUGCUACGAAAGCUCUAUGGGAACGGCUAGAUGACAUUGUUCGUCAAUGGAUAUAUGGUACCAUAUCGAAUGAUCUUCUCAACACGAUCAUUCAUCAAGAGGACACUGCAGCCGAGGCAUGA